GAGUCCCAUAACAUAAGCAGUUAUAUGAGAGUUCAAUUCUCCACAUAUUUUGACAUUAACCAAAUCUCCAUCUAAACAUUAAAUUAUAUAAACUUAAGAUCUCGAGUGUUUGCCAAAAUCUUGAGAGAACAACAAUGAAUGGUGUGUCUCAGAUGCAGAGACAGUUGGCUGAAUACACUUCAACCCUGUUUGAAGAAGGGUUCCUGGAUGAUCAAUUUUACCAGCUUCAGCAACUUCAAGAUGAAAGCAACCCUGAGUUUGUGGUUGAAGUGGUGACUCUUUUCUUUGAGGAUGCAGAGAGGCUUCUUAGUGAGCUGGCAAAGGCACUAGGCCAGGAAAACAUUGAUUUUAAAAGGGUGGAUGCUCAUGUUCGCCAAUUGAAAGGCAGCAGCUCCAGCAUUGGAGCACAGAGAGUUCAGAAGGUUUGCAUUGCCUUCCGAAACUACUGCGAGGAGAAAAACGUUGAAGGGUGUCUUAAAAGCUUACAGGAAAUCAAACAGGAGUGUUCCCUGGUCAAAAGCAAGUUUGAAAUUCUCUUCAAGAUGGAGCAGAAACUUUUGCCGCAGAGGAUUCGGUUACCAGGUAGUGAUUGAUAAGGGGCAGGGAUGUUCAUACUGCAAUUUGGAAAUUGCAAUAAUCACAACUCCAUAAGAGAGCAAGCUUCAUGUACAAUCUACAUACAUGAUGGACAUUCCUCUGUUCUAAUUUUCUCAUUGUUUAUGAUUUUGUCCACUCUACUAUUUGUGCAAUAUUUUAUAAACUGUCUUUUAUCUUUGUCAACUAAGCAGAAAUAUAUGGUACUGUGGAUGAUGUUUUUUUUUAAUCUUAAUAAUAUGUUGCAUUGUUCUUAUUUA